CUUUUCCUGAUUUAGCAAAUUAUAUAUAUUAAAUAAAUAGAAUAAUAUAAUAUAUAUAAAAAACAAAUUUUUGUUAUAUUCUUAUAAAAAAAAUGAAAUUCCUUUUCAAUUAUCGUGUUAAAUUAUAAUUUACAUUCAAUUUUAUAUCAAAACGCAUAUAUAUCGUAAAUAUAUAUAUUCUAUAUAUAUGUAUACGUAUAAUUUUUACUUAUCGCAUUGCAUUAAAGCUUAUAAACUAUAAGUAUAAUACAUAAAGAAAACUGUCAGGAGGAGGAUGGAUGUUUACAUUAUUAAGAAUUGUCUUGAUAAAAUAUAAUUUUUUUUUUUGUUGUUUAUUACCAUUUUCUCUUUGUUUUUUUUUUGGGCAAUGUCAGCAUGAUGAUUUUUUCCUCCAAUAGCAUGAAGUCAUUUUUAACAUUCAAGACAAAAAGACAUUUGUCCGUUAAGAACGAAUACAGAAAUAAUAUUCUUAAAUUGAUAAAAAAUAUUAAAGUAGCAGAGAAAAAAAAUUAUUUUAAUAGUUCCAAUAAAUUAAUAUGCUUACAUUGGUGUUUAUUAUUUUUAAAUUAUCAGAAGAAUAUUGUUAAUAAAAUUGGCAUAACACUGUCAAUGUAUCAAAAAGAUUAUCAUUAAAAUAAUCUCUAAUAUAUAAGAAAAUAAAUAAGAAAUUUUUACCAUACCAAAGCUACUUACAAUAUUAUAUAUGUAUGUAUAGAGAAAAAAUUUGAAUGAAAGAAUAAAAAUUUUAAGCUAUAAUUGAAAAAAAAAAAACAAAACAAAAUAAAAUAAAGAAAUAAAAAAAAAAUACCAAAUUCAUAAAAAAAACUUUCAAGGUCAACAAAUAUGAAUCUUUAUAAUGAAAUAUCACAUAUACAAUCAGCUUCAUUAAUAAAUAAUAUGUCUUCAAUUUAUGGUUCAACUGGUCCUCCUCCUUCAACUUUAAUGAAAGCCAAAUCAGUUCUUCUAGAUGAUAUUGUAGCUACAACACCAAUUAUUAAUAUAGCUUCGACCAAUAUUAUUGAAACUGAAUCAAUAACAACAGAUUCAGAAUGGAUUGAUACUGCAAUAUUAAUAAUAAAAUCUAUUAUUAUGGUUUGCAUCAUAAUAGCUGCAAUUUUUGGUAAUUUAUUAGUUAUAAUAUCUGUGAUGCGAGUUAGAAAAUUAAGAGUUAUUACAAAUUAUUUUGUAGUUUCAUUAGCAAUGGCUGAUAUAAUGGUUGCAAUAAUGGCUAUGACAUUUAAUUUUAGUGUCCAAGUAACCGGCAGAUGGUUGUUCAGUCCUUUUUUAUGUGAUUUAUGGAAUAGUUUAGAUGUAUACUUCUCUACAGCAAGUAUACUUCAUUUAUGCUGCAUAUCUGUUGACAGAUAUUAUGCCAUUGUAAAACCAUUAAAAUAUCCAAUAAAUAUGACAAAAACUGUUGUUGCAGCAUUAAUUCUAAAUACAUGGAUUUCACCAGCUCUAUUAUCAUUUGUACCAAUAUUUGCUGGUUGGUACACAACAGAAGCACAUAAAAUUUUUGUUAUUGAAAAUCCAGAUAAAUGUGAAUUUGUAGUUAACAAAGUAUAUGCUGUUGUAUCUAGUUCAAUUUCUUUUUGGAUACCUUGUACCAUAAUGAUUUUCACUUAUUAUGCAAUAUUUAAAGAAGCAAAUCGUCAAGAAAAACAAUUGGCAAUGAGACAAGGAAAUGCAAUGUUAAUGCAUCGGCAUUCAACAAGUGGAACUGGUGUUGGUAGUAUUGGAACCAACGGUAAGGGUGAAGCCCUUAGUGGAUCAGGCUCCUCGAAAACACUUACUCUACAUGAAAUAGAAUCAGAACAUACUCCUACUAAGGAUAAGCACCUAAUCAAAAUGAAACGAGAACAUAAGGCUGCAAGGACGUUAGGAAUUAUUAUGGGAACAUUUAUAUUAUGCUGGUUACCCUUCUUUUUAUGGUAUGUUAUUACAACACUUUGUGGUGAUUCAUGUCCAUGCCCAGAUGUUGUUGUAGCCGUCCUUUUUUGGAUUGGUUAUUUCAAUUCUACUUUAAAUCCUCUCAUAUAUGCUUACUUUAAUAGAGAUUUCCGUGAAGCUUUUCGUAGUACUCUAAAUUGUAUAUUUUGUUCUUGGAGACAUAAUCAUCGUCUAUCAUUAGAUUUAGAUAUCCGACGAACAAGUUUGCGUUAUGACAAUCGAGCCAAAAGUGUUUAUUCGGAGAGCUAUUUAAAUUCCUCUCAUCCACAACCAAGAACAAGUCAGCUGGCUGAAAGUUUAUAAUAAAGAAAAUAAAUAUAAUAUAUAUAUAUAUAUAUACAUAUAUAGUUAAUGUGAAAAAAAAACAAACACUAUAUAUGUAUAUAAAAGAUGUAAUGUAUCAAAAUAAUGUAGUUUAUAUAUAAAAUUAUUAUAAUAUUAUUCGACCAAAUUGCUAGCAAUUAUUAUUAAGAGAAUAAAAGAUUGUAUCAAAACACCACACAAAAAAAAAUUUUAGGGAAAGUAUAUGUAGAAUGAAUUAAAAAUUAAUUACAUUAUUACAAUAACUAAAAAAAAAUAUGACGAUAAUAAAUAAGAAUGAAAUUAAAACAAAAAAAAAAUAAUAUAGUUGUAGUAAUUAUAAGUAAAUAAUAAAAUAUUAUAGAUAAUAUUAUUAAUAAAUAUAAUUAUAAGAUAAAUUCAUUGUUAUUAUUAAGUUAAAAUCAUUUUAGAAGUAAAGCUUUAUUUUAAAAUAUUAAAAAAAAAUUAGAUUUAAAUAUAAUAAAAAAAAUAUUAAACAACCCCAAUAAUUAUCAAAAAAGAAAACCUAUAAUUUAUUGAAAAAAAAAUUAAACAUCUUUUAAUUAAAACUGUUAAAAUAUUAUUUAAAUUGUAUAUUUUAAAAAUAAUUGACACAUCGAUUACUUACUAAAUCUAUAAUUAAUUCGUCGCAUCGAAAAAAAAAAAUAGAAAACCGAUUUUUGAAAUAAAAUUAAUUUAAAAAUAAGUAGCUACCACCGCCCUCUCUCUCCACUCCAACAUCCAUACAGUCGCAUAAUACCAUAUUAAUAUAGUAGAACCAUAGAAUACCAUUAAUAUAUCAUUUUCUUAUAUUAUGCAUUGAUGCUUAAUUUAUUUUCGACUACAGAAUUCCCUACAGAAGGAAUUUUAAACAAGUUUUAAACAAAAAUCAAUUUAAAUCAACUUCAAAAUGUGAAUAGUUCUCAGAAAAGCCAAAAAUUUAAUUGUGUUAUAUAUUGAGUUAACUUAAACUUUAAGAUGAGCAACAUAUAAGCAAUAAAUUUUAAUUUUUUUCCUAAAUUCAACAGUAACAAAAUAUCGUAUAAGCAAUGAAUAACACAUGAAUAUUAAGAUUGAUAAUUGUUUCUUUUAUGUAUUAAAUUUUCAGAUUCGAAGA